AUGCGAGGUCUACCGAUAAAGCUCCUAAUCCUUUUCACAGCCCUUGGUGCAGCGGACCAAGUCGUUCUGAAUCCAUCAUGCCGCGACCGAACCAAGUUCACGCUGGACCACGUCCUCCCCUCCACUGAUCAGAAGUCCGGUCGGGUGCGCUGCUGUCCGGAAGGGACUGAGUUUGACGGCCAGGAUUGCGUCUUCGCCGCCCCCAAAUGUCCUCCAGAUACCCGUCGUGAAGGCGACGCGUGCGUAUCCCAUCAGCCCCCCCUUUGCGAGAGCGGAUAUGAAUUCAAGGACGGAGCCUGUGUUGCCUUUCGGCCCCCAAGCUGCGCUGCCGGCACCAUACUCAAGGGCGACAACUGCGUCACUGAAGACAAUGCCAAGUGCGCAGAGGGACAUGUCUUGCAGGGCAAUAUUUGUAGAUCCCAGAAGCCACCACGCUGUCGCAGCGGGGAGCAUUUCAAUGGGUGGGCCUGUGCUCAUGAUGUACCCCCAAGGUGCCCUGACGGAUCCCAACUUGAAGACGGCAAGUGCGUCGAUGUUGAGCCUCCACGGUGCCCAACAGAGACCUCCUACGACGAGAAGUCCGGUCAUUGUGUUUCUCCACAGCCCCCUACCUGUCCCCCGGGCAGCAUCCUGCAGAAAGGACAGUGCACCUCUCCGCGGGGCCCAUACUGUGAGACCGGGACCCUCAAUUCGAAGACACAGACCUGUGACGUCCCUGUGAAGCCUGGAAGAUGCCACGAUGGUACCUCGAUCUCGGGAACAAAGUGUGUGCUGAAGCAGCCCCCUCAAUGCCAAAUAAAGGGGACUGUGCCAUCAACCAAUCCAGCCGAUGGCUCAGUCCGUUGUUGCCCGCAGGGUAUGGAUUGGGACGGUCAGCUCUGCACCGCACAGCCAGUUGAUGGUAAAUGUCCGGAUGGGACUCCCGCCAUCCCAGGCAGCAGCUGCAACAAGCAUACCAGUCCUCGCCCUGAGUGUCCCCAGGGGAAGCUGGAAGGCAACCAGUGUGUCUUGCCAGUUCCUCCAGAGUGCCCUGAAGGAACCCAUAUUGAGGAUGAAAAAUGCGUGAAGAGACAGAUCCUCCAGUGCCCCCAAGAUACUAUUCUGGUGGGAGACUCAUGUGUGUCUAGCCAGCCUCCAAGAUGUCCCAAGGGUACCCGUAUUCAAGGGAACCAAUGUAUUGGUUACGGUACUCCAUCUUGUGGUGAACGCGCUCAAUGGGAUGGCACACACUGUGUCAGGGAGCAUGUUGGCCGUUGCGAUGAAGGGGUCCCCAAGGGUGGUGAUUGCAUCAGCGACACGCCGCCAACCUGCGACAAAGGCACGACAUUUGACGGCAAAGACUGUGUCUCCCCUAAGCGGCCAAUUUGCCCACCAAAAGCUGUCCUCAAUAAGGACGGCGACUGUAUACUCCCCCAACCUCCCGUUUGUCCCGAUGGUGCCAGGCUCCAAGCCGGUAAAUGCGUCAGUGUCAGUGUGCGCUGCCCUGGUAAAAUGAAAAUGGUCAAUGGGCGAUGUGAAUCCCCCGACCAACCACAGUGCCCCGGCGGAUUCAUGUUCAGAGGAGGAAAGUGUGUCCGAACAGGGGAAAAGCAGUGUCCUGGUGGAUAUAUGCCCAAGAAUAACGAAUGCGUCAAGGGAGAUCCACCAGAAUGUGAGCCUGGCACUUCCUUCAACGGCAAGGCUUGCGUCGGCGAACGGCCCUCUUGUGGAAAGGAUACCCAUCUCGAUGGAGAGCAUUGCGUCUCAAACAAAGAACCGGCUUGUGACCCUGGCUUCAAGUUGGUGGGCCAUCAUUGUGUUGCCUAUGAUCGUCCCCAGUGUCCCAAGGGAACCGAGUUUGACAAAGCCAGCCAAGAUUGUGUAUCAAAGCAGGAGCCCAAAUGCAAAGAAGGUGAGGUUUACAAUGGCGAGCACUGUGCCCUGGCAAGUGGUCGGUGCAUCGACUACCAAUUCUGCUCCACCGUGGGAGCUGGAACCUCAGGAGGCCAGAAGCCGGAUGAUUCCAAGGAACAGGGCAGUUCUGGCGGAUGGAUACCGAGCCCCCCGUGGAAGGGUCCUAAGAAACAGGACACUGAUGGUGGAUGGGGAGGAGGAGGCUGGAAGCCUGAGGAUGAUAAGACAAAGGAGACUCCUGGUGGCGGAUGGGGAGGAGGAGGCUGGAAGCCUGAGGAUAGUAAGGCAAAGGAGACUCCUGGUGGUAAAUGGGGAGGAGGAGGCUGGAAGCCUGAUGAUAGAGGAGGCUGGAAGCCUGAUGAUAGUAAGGCAAAGGAGACUCCUGGUGGCGGAUGGGGAGGAGGAGGCUGGAAAGAAACUCCUGGUGGACAACAAUGGAAAGGCAAAGACUGGCAGCCAAGCAAGGAAGAGGGUCCCCAAUGGUCUGCUAAAGGGUGGCCAAAAGCACAGUAG